AUCAUCAUUUUCUGACGCUCCAUUCCACUCUAUCAAGCAAUCUCAACAAAAAUCUUCGGCAAUUUUGCCAACCGAAAAAGUUUUUAGGGUUUCUUUUGGACUCUCAGAUCUGUCCGCAUUUCAUGUUGGAUUGAUUUUGAUUCAGGAUUGCGUUUUGGGUUAAAGAAUUUGGGAAUUGGAGAAUUGAAGGUUCAAUUGAUUGUGCGAAGAACGUUGAUGUGUUGCUUUGGUUUCGAUUUCUCUCGUAUUUUGUGGAAGAAGUAGAUCUUGAAAAUUGGCUCCGCAAAAGAGAUCGAUGCGCCACAUGGGUGGCCAGAUGCAGCAGAGCAGUGCGGCAGCGGCCACCGCACUCUACGAGAAUGCAGGACCAGGGGUGUCCGGUGGAGAUGCGGGGGAUGCUGUUAUGGCGCGGUGGCUCCAGUCUGCCGGAUUGCAGCAUCUGGCCUCUCCAAUGGCAUCUAAUGCUGUUGAUCAUAGACUGCUCCCUAACCUCCUAAUGCAGGGCUAUGCACCACAGUCUGCAGAAGAGAAACAGAGGCUUUUCAAAUUAAUGAGGAAUCUCAACUUCAAUGGUGAAACUGUUUCUGAGCCUUACACCCCAAGUGCACAAAGUUCAGGCGCAUUUGCUCCAUCAGAGGGAUUUUAUUCUCCUGAGUUUAGGGGGGACUUUGGAGCUGGACUUUUGGAUCUACAUUCUAUGGAUGACACAGAGCUCUUAUCUGAUCAUGUUAUCACAGAGCCAUUUGAACCUUCACCUUUCAUGCCUGCUGUGACCAAAGCCUUCGAAAGUGACUCUGAUGGGACAGUUGGCAAGCAGCAGAGAGGGCCAACAGAUGCAGAAGCUCCUGUUGGAGCUUCUAAUAAUGAAAAAGAAACCAGUACAAGGGAAAACAAUGUGGCUAAGAUUAAAGUUGUGGUUCGCAAGAGGCCUCUGAACAAGAAGGAACUUUCUCGCAAAGAAGAUGAUAUUGUGACUGUGUAUGAUGAUGCCUAUUUAACUGUCCACGAGCCCAAGUUAAAGGUCGACCUGACUGCAUAUGUGGAGAAACAUGAGUUCUGUUUUGAUGCAGUUCUAGAUGAACAUGUGACUAAUGAUGAGGUAUACCGUAAUACAGUGGAGCCAAUUAUACCCACCAUUUUUCAACGUACCAAAGCAACAUGUUUUGCAUAUGGCCAGACAGGGAGUGGCAAGACAUACACCAUGCAGCCAUUACCUCUGAGAGCAGCAGAAGACCUUGUUAGAUUUCUGCAUCAGCCAGUUUAUCGUAAUCAAAGAUUCAAGUUGUGGCUUAGCUAUUUUGAGAUAUAUGGGGGAAAACUUUUCGAUCUUCUCAGCGACAGGAAGAAGCUAUGCAUGAGGGAAGAUGGUAGACAGCAAGUUUGCAUUGUUGGACUGCAGGAGUUUGAAGUAUCAGAUGUGCAUAUUGUGAAAGAAUAUAUUGAGAGGGGAAAUGCAGCUAGAAGUACUGGUUCUACAGGUGCAAAUGAAGAGUCUUCGAGAUCACACGCAAUUUUGCAACUGGCUGUCAAGAGGCACCCUGAGGUGAAAGAAUCUAAGAGGAAUAAUAAUAUUAAUGAGGGAAAUGAAUCCAGGAGCGGAAAGGUUGUUGGCAAAAUUUCUUUCAUUGACCUUGCUGGGAGUGAAAGAGGUGCUGACACUACAGAUAAUGAUCGGCAAACACGGAUUGAAGGAGCAGAAAUCAACAAAAGUUUAUUGGCACUCAAGGAGUGUAUCCGUGCUCUUGAUAAUGACCAGAUUCACAUCCCAUUCCGCGGAAGCAAACUUACUGAGGUGCUUCGUGACUCCUUUGUUGGCAACUCAAGGACUGUUAUGAUCUCUUGCAUCUCUCCAAAUGCUGGUUCGUGUGAGCAUACCCUCAAUACUUUGAGAUAUGCUGACAGGGUUAAAAGUCUAUCCAAAAGUGGAAACCCAAAGAAGGAUCAGGCUAGUUCAUUGCCACCCAGUGCGAAGGAAUCUUCAUCGACUCCAACUUUACCUGUUACUGCUGAGAGAGAGGAUGUCUAUGAGCAAAAUCAAGAAUCUAAAGUUGUGGAUACAAGCAGAAGGGUCAUAGAUAAGGAAACUUCAUCUUUCAAUUUUUCUACAGAUGAUGAGAAACAAUCCUCCAACUUUUCUUCCAAUUUUAACUUUAAUGGCCGUGACGAAAGUGGUGUGGCUGCUGGUGGUUCGGAACGGGAACGACUUGAUGUCAGAAAUGCUUCUAAGGGUUCUACCAGUCAGAAGAUGUUCUCAGCUGGGUACUCACAGAGUUCAAGUGAUACAGAAAAGAAGGUGCAGAAAGUUUCUCCACCUCGGCAAAAGGUUUACAGGGAUGAAAAGCUGGGGCAUGGGCCAAGAAAAGACAUUGAAAAUCAGGAUAUCUCAACCACUAGUUAUAAGCAGCAAAAUAUAAACAAUUCUAGUGCAGCUAGUACUGGUGCUAAACGCUAUGAACCUGAGCCACCUCCUGAUGGGAGUAUCAAUGAGAUACUUGAGGAAGAAGAGGCCCUUAUAGCCGCUCAUAGAAAAGAGAUUGAAGAUACUAUGGAGAUAGUUCGUGAAGAAAUGAAACUAUUGGCAGAAGUGGAUCAACCAGGCAGCCACAUUGACAAUUAUGUGACACAAUUGAGUUUUGUGCUCUCACGCAAAGCAGCUAGUCUGGUCAGCCUUCAAGCUCGCCUAGCAAGGUUCCAGCAUCGGCUGAAAGAGCAGGAGAUACUGAGUCGAAAGAGGGUACUUCGCUAAAGCAACACUUGAAGCCAUUGAAAAUAAUAUCUGUUCUUGUUUAUUGUACCAAUUAUAGCUUACUUCUACUGUCAAGUAUACAUACGUCGCCUAGUGAAGUUUGUAUUUGUGAAGCAGCCAAAACAAAAAUAUAAAAGAUGAGAACCAUUGAAGAAAACAAUCUCAACCCGGGACUACCUGAUACUUUAAGUGUUACGUCCUAAAUCUAAUGUGAACUAUGGUGCUGCAACUUCACAAAGGGAUGUUAUUCUAUACUUUGUGAUGACGACUGUACAUUUCUCAUUUCUGUGCCCUUAACAACCAAGUGUUUGAAUGUUUUUUAUAAUUAGAGGAGACUGUAUAUUUCCCGUUUCUGAGCUCAACAAUUGAGUGGCUGAGCUGCUUGCCGUAUCUCUUGGCUUAAAUCAUUCAUGUAUUCAACAUGUAUAAUGAAAAUGUUUCUGAAAUGAUAUCUUUUCCUGGUCCAA